AUGUCCCAGAACCAGUCUUCAACUAUUUUGCGCGUGCUGACCAUCGGUGGAGUUGCCCUUGCGACAGCUGUUGCCGGUUACGCGGUUUAUUUUGACCAUCAGAGAAGAAACAAUUCUGAUUUUAGAAGAAACUUAAAGCGCAAGGUUAAGAAGCAUGUUGAAGAAGAGAAGAUAGAGGAAGAGAGGGCCAAGAAGCUGAAAUUGGCGCGUGUCGGUGAAUUUUUAGAGGUUGAACUUGUUAAAGACCCUAUUUCUACGGAUCCAGAAGAAAGGGAAGCGGUGUUCACGUCGAACGUUGAGGCUGGUGAAAGACUUGCCAGUGUUCCUGGAAACGAAAUGGAAUCUGCGUUCAAAUUCUACAAAGCUUUGAGUGUCUACCCUAACCCAGCAGAUUUGCUCGGGAUUUAUCAGAGAAGUGUUCCAGAAGCCGUUUAUGAGCAUGUGGUCUUGAUGAUCGCUAUCAAGCCUCCAGUCAACGUUUCUACUUUCUUAAGUGGCAGCGCUCAAGGCGGCCCCGCAGCCAUGGCCCAGGCGAUGUCCGGCAAGACCGGAGGAGCGGAGUCGGGUCUAGGAGAGAUUGAUGAAUAA